AUGGGAGGCACAUUUCUGGGACUUAUCUUAGUAACUAUAUUGUGUCUAGAAUAUGAAAGAGUGGGAUGUGUUUUUGUAGAAACUACACACGGUUGGAUCCAAGGAAAGAUAACCCAAAAUGCUAUCGUGUUUCUAGGCGUACCAUAUGCUCACCCUCCAGCCCGAUGGGAGGAUCCACGGGAGCCUUUACGUUGGAGCUUUAUCUUGGAUGCUCGACGGGUUCGCCCAAUGUGUUUACAGGCACCAUGUCGCAAGAACCAGAUGCUGGGGUGGUGUUUACCACAGAUGUCCGAAGAUUGCCUGUACCUAAACGUGUAUAUCCCACUCAACACUUCCUCUGGUAGUAGAAAAGCGGUAAUGGUGUUCCUCCACGGAGGAGCGUUUGAGUCCUACACUGCUGGUGCCGACAUCUACAACUCGGAGUUAUUAGCCAACAGGGGUGAUGUCAUCGUUGUUACCGUAAAUUAUCGACUUGGGGCACUGGGAUUUCUUGUCACAGGAACUGGUCCAAAUUUAGCGACAGGGAAUUAUGGGAUUAAGGAUCAGCGAUUGGCGUUGGAGUGGGUGAAUAAAAACAUCCAAAAAUUUGGUGGAAACCCAAACACUGUUACACUUUUUGGACAAAGUGCUGGCGGGUUGUCAACAUGGAUUCACUUAACUUCGAGGAAAGUGGACAACUUGUUCCAGAGAGCCAUCAUUCAAAGUGGCACUUUCAGCAUUCCUCUCAAGACAUUUCAACAAGCACUGUCUCAAGGUGUUGAAUUCAGUCGCAUUCUUAAUUGUUCUCCGAAUGAUAUCCGAUGCAUGCGCCGGAAGUCACCUAUGGAUAUUUUGAAUGCCCAGGCGUCGGCCAGAGGAAAUAUCAACGCUAUUCAACAAUUUUUGCCGUGGUCACCGCACUAUGACGGGGAUGAGGUUCCGGUAAAUCCUCAUUACGCCAUAGAGAGGGGGCUUUUUGCCAAUAAAUCACUCAUUAUCGGCACAACCGCAAAUGAAGGAUUGACGUACGUUUACAAAUUAUUUAAGUCACCUAUGAAUAUGAUGACCUAUUCUGGAAUAUUGUUAAUGUUAAAUCGAAAGGAAGCGUUCACAUGGCUUUCCAGAUAUCCUCCGAGAAAUGCACAAGAUUCUCGCAAAGUGUUGUCAGACCUUGCCACCGACUACUUAUUUACUUGUCCGACAAGACAGGUCGCAUUCGACAUUGCCUUAUCAAAUCCUAGUGUGUGGCUGUAUGUGUUUGACCAUGGCAUGAAAUUUUUAAAUGGUACAGGUCUUAUGGAGAAUUGCCAUGACAACGCCUGCCAUGGGGGUGAAAUACCAUAUCUGUUUCAAAACGUCCAGAAAGUGCUUCCUCUUAGUCCAGAAGAAAUUCGUCUAGAAAACGACCUUCUCUAUUAUUGGACAAACUUGGCAAAAUAUGGAAAUCCAAAUGGAGCUAUCACAAAUAAUUCAACUAUCAUAUGGCCAUCUUACGGCCUGGCGUCUAAAUUUCCAAUGGCUGUAAUGCACUUCCAGGUUCCAAUGUCCAAUGUAACGCUGGAUUACAAGGGUAUUUCUUGUGAUAAGUUUAAUAAAUCUUAUUUUAGAACAUAA